AUGAGGUCGCCUAUGCAUCAGAAUCAACUUACGUUGAUAUUGGGAGCGUUCCAGGCUGCUUUCCUGGUCAUCUUCGCUCUGUACGGUAGCUAUGAUGCAAGUGCUCUUCCAAGCAAAGAGAAAAAUGUGGAAGAGGCCGUCAGAAUGACAAAUCUCUAUCCACUUUUCCAAGAUACUCAUGUAAUGAUCUUCAUCGGAUUCGGUUUCUUGAUGACUUUCUUGAAACGAUAUGGAUUCUCUGCUGUUUCUAUCAACAUGCUUCUCGCAGUCUUCACUAUUCAAUGGGGAAUUAUUGUACGUGGAAUGGCUUCAGCUCAUAAUGGAUUCAAGUUCACAAUCUCCCUGGAACAACUUCUGACCGCUGACUUUGCCGCAGCUGUUAUCCUGAUCUCAAUGGGUGCUAUGCUCGGAAAACUUUCACCAUCUCAAUAUGUUAUCAUGGCUUUCUUCGAGACUCCAGUUGCUCUUAUUGUUGAGCAUAUCUGUGUCCACAAUCUUCAGAUCAACGACGUCGGAGGAUCCAUCAUCGUGCACGCAUUCGGAGCCUACUUCGGUCUUGCCUGUGCCAAAGCCUUCGGAAAGAAGGAACAACGUGGACAUCAAAACGAGGGAUCUACAUAUCACACCGAUAUCUUCGCCAUGAUUGGAGCAAUCUUCCUCUGGAUCUACUGGCCAUCUUUCAAUGCCGCUGUUGCUGCUACUGAUGAUGCUCGUCAAAGAGCUGUUGCUAACACUUUCCUCUCUCUUUGCGCUUGUACCAUGACUACUUUCCUGGUUUCUCAAGCUGUUGACAAGCAUAAGCGUUUCGACAUGGUCCACAUUGCCAACUCAACUCUUGCUGGAGGAGUUGCCAUUGGAACCACCGCUAACGUUGUUCUCGAGCCAUACCAUGCCAUGAUUGUUGGUGUUAUUGCUGGAGCAGUUUCAGUCAUUGGAUACAAGUAUAUUACGCCAUUCCUUUCCGAGAAACUCGGAAUCCAUGACACCUGCGGAGUCAACAAUCUCCAUGGAAUGCCAGGACUUAUAGCUGGAUUUGCUUCAAUCGCUUUCUUGUUCAUCUACGAUGAAUCCCGCUACCCAGCACAAUACGACAAAAUCUACCCAGGAAUGGCUCGUGGUGAAGAUGGAAAGAGAAUGUUCGAUGAGAAGACUCAAGCUUUGAACCAACUUAUGGCUAUUGGACUUGUCUUCUUGGCCUCUACUGUCUCUGGAUAUAUUACUGGACUUUUAUUGAAAUUGAAGAUUUGGGAUCAAGUUCAAGAUGAGGAAUAUUAUGCUGACGGAGACUACUUCGAGACUCCAGGAGAUUAUGAUUUCACUUCAAGAAUUGUGACAUCCGUCUCGAAGAUUGAGGUAGCCGAAUACAAUCCACUCAGCCAAAAGGAAGUCUGA